AUGUCUAGUACCUAUCGAGUGAGGUUUGCGCCUGUUAGUCAAGCGCCUAACCCAAGCGAUGACCAUGUUUCGCACUCGAGAUCAGGCACUGUUCCACCCGACGUGGGAAAAGGGUCCCGCAGUCGGUCUGGUUGUUGGCAAUGCAAAAUACAAAAAUUAAAAUGCGAUGAAUCGUUCCCAGUCUGCUUGCGGUGUCGGCAACGCGGCCUGAUUUGCAAAUCUUCUCCCCGAUCGCCGCGGUGGCAGAUCGAGACGCGCUGGACAUCCUGUCCUUUGGACGAGAUCGUGAAGCAACCUCUCCUCCAAUAUUGGCUUGAAAAAGCGAGCCAGAUGAUGGUAAUCGACACAGAGAACAACCCGUAUUCUUUUCCUAUCCUCCAAUAUUUCACCGAGGCCCCAUCACUGGUACACAUGAUUCAAUGCAUGAGUGCAGCUCAUCAAGACUAUUUUCCUGCCCGUGGGCACGUUGUCAGCUUAGAAGAAAGAGGCCGAGCACUGCAGCUACUUCAGCGUGAAUUGAGCCAAUCGGAGAAGCCAAGAGCAUCUUUCCUCACCAUUGUACUGCUCGCCUUGUUUGACUGCGCCAGUCCGGAUCCUCGGCAUUCCGGCCAGCAACAUCUUUUCGCUGCACGCAACAUUAUCAAUGGCCUCCUCUUGCGCCAUCAAGACUUCCUCGCAGGAACAGUGCAUGACGACUUCCUCGCACUUUGUGUGGGUGCCUUUCUGUACUGGAAUAUGUGCUGCGCCCAUCUUGUGGAUGCCCGGCAACCUCAGCCUCCAGGCUCAACCGCGAUAGUCCAAGCUGUUCGCGUGUUACGACAUAAAUACCACCCUACCUACGGCAUAGGAGCAGAGUUGAUAUAUCUACUAGGGGAGGUGGGUGGCUACUGCCGAGCGGUAAUUCAACUAGGACACCGGGAUGCCAUAAGGGCGACCGAGCUUGAGGAUAAAAUCUGCGCAUUUAAUUCGCCGCAGAAUAAUCUUCCUUUGGCACUACUAUAUGAAUCGCUUCGAAAGCACGGUUUAAUCCUUCUCUAUCGUGUCCGUACACAUCCGUCUGCAGUCAACAAAGGUGACAAGGAAGAAGACAUUAUCCACCGCUACGCCCUCGACAUCGUCUGUCACCUGUCUGAAAUUCCCAUCACAUCAAGUCUACUCAACCUCCAGGCUCUUCCUCUUCUUACAGCUGCAUCGGAACUUCGCUCAUGCGAUAUAAACUUACGGUACACCGCUUUGGAUCGGUUUAACGCUAUCUAUUCCAUGAAUAGGGUUCCUUCAACGCUCCAAGCAGUCGAGAUUCUGAAAGAGCUCUGGGUCAUCCGCGACUCUGGGUUACAGACAAGCUGGAUGGAGUUUAUGCUUCUGACAAAAGGCUGGAGCCUUUGCGUGGGUUAA